GAAUCUUUGUACGCCUUUUUUUUGCUGAUAAAACAAACAAAAAAAGAAAAAGAAAAAGAAAAAGAAAAUAUAUAUAUAUAUAUAAAUAUAUAUAUUUGUAUCUUUAGAAUCUUUGUACGCCUUCAAUCAACAAUAUCUCUCUCUCAUACAACGGCUCGUAUCACGCUUUCCCAGAAAUUCUUUUUUGAGUUUUGUUGCCCUGCUUUAACAUGAGCAUGACCCAAUUCGCUAUGGUUGAGGAACUGGCUUUCCUUGUCAAGGACAAUCUUCCUUCCAAGCAUCUUGUUCUCUCAGUGGAAGAGGCCUUGGUCAGCUUCAUUCAGGAUGAUACCAGUUCUGAUGGUGUCCUGGAGUUGGAACCAAUGAAUGCAUAUAACCGUCUUCUCUUGCAUCGCCUUUCAGAAAUAUUUGGAUUUUCCCACACAUCUGUUGGUGAAGGUGAUGAUCGGCACUUAGUUUUGGAGAGAUGCUCAGAUACAUCAAUACCUUCCAUCCUUGUUAGUGACAUUUUGUGGCAGUAUGAAGAGCCUCAAUCUCCAAUAAUGUCACAUCAAUUGUUGAGGAGAACAGAAGCUUUGCCAGCAUUGAAGACAAAUAUACCCUCAUUUCAACAUUCACUUGAGGAGAGAAGAGCAGAUUAUUUUGCUGCUCGUAACCGAAUAUUUUCAGUGGAUUCGGGAGAUGUUAAUGAACCUGACAAGCGGAAGCCACGAAAUGUUCCCAUGGUUGCUCGCCGAAUGAUUGCUCAUGCCCUAGGCCACAGAAUCAAUCCAAACAAUCAGGUUGCUACUAUUAGGGAUUGCAAUAAGCAUUGUGGGCAAACAGAUGCAUUGGAAGCAUCUCAGCAGACUAUUUUCUCAUCACACCAAAAUAUGAAUUUUUAUGGUAGAGUGAAGAGCAAUGAUAAAAAUUCGAGUGGAUUAUCAUUAAGUAAAAGCAACACGCCCCAAAAGCUAAAUGACAAGAUUUCCCCGCAUGUGAGCAUAUCUCAGAAUGGAAGUAGUGGGAAUGGAGUUGAUAAAGACUACUUGAAAAAGGAGCAUUUGGGAGCUGCAAAGAGGAUGUUUGCUAAUGCCCUGGGAUUGCAGUCCGGGAAGGAUGGUUUUAUUUCAAAAGGCAAUAACGUAAAGUAUGCUAACACAGAGAGCAGUUGAUUCUUUGCUUCCUUUCUGUUGCAAUCAGUACACACAUUGGAGCUCUCCAGGCUCUCAGUUACAGCCAUUGAAUCUCUAAUGAGCACGUAUGUGUUAGAGCCCUUGCUAAAUUUAUUGUCAGGGUAUGCAUGGCAAAAGAGUGAACCUGAGGUGGUACAGCGGUUCACUUUGUGAAUGCUGAUUAACUUUUGCAGCCCUUAAUAAAGAUAUCGUAUGAGAGCAAAGUUGGAAUCAAAUGGUGCCCAGUUGUUUGAUAAAUGGGUGGAACUAAAAUGUGGGGAUUUUUUUUACCAAUUCAAGCAUGCAGAUGGCUGGUCGAGUAAGGUUUUUCUUGUCCAAUGACUCAUUGCUGAUACUGUAUUUUUAUGAACUUUGGGUAUUCUGCCCUUUUAUCUCUUAUGUAAGUGAUAUAUUCUAACCUGAAUGAUUUCACAGUUGAAAUUAUGUUUGUAUUUAUUUAUAGCAAUGCAUUAGAUGUGCAGUAAAUUCAUUUUUUUGA